AUGUGCUCGACGUACAGGUUUCCAGAUGCUGCGGUCGUUCCUGGGGUCCCUGGAUCCGAGCGCACCGACGACGAUCGCCUCCACGGACACCGUCUGGAACUUCCGCAGCAGGUACCCCUGGACGGGAUGGCACUUCUCCUUCUUCUGGCCAGCCUCGUUCAGGGCUGCGGGCCGGUUGUCAAACGGGCAGGUGAUGUCCACGAUGAUCGCCUCCUCGCCCCUCCAAAGAACAAGAUCGGAACGGAGCUCUCAGCCUCAUGUGAAAGUGCAUUCGAAAAAGUUGCCAGCUACACCAAAGUGACGCAUCUUUCACUCACCAUGGACACUGCAAAACCCCGCUGUGCUUUCAAGCCUCAUGUAACCGAAUUGCUAUUUGUCCUCCGCCUCGUACAAUUGUCACUUACGAACUUCUCUGACGUCAAACUUUCUACCAUUGCAAGUCAGUGUCCCCAGCUGAAGUCCCUUCGAAUAAGCGCGUGUGACAUUGAUGAUGAAAACACCCCUAUCGAAGAUUUCGCUCACCUGGAAUAUCUUCGCAUCGGUAGCGAUAUGAAGGAACACGCAUUCUGUACGCUCCUGAGGUCCUGCCCGAACCUUCAGGAACUGCACCUCGUAAAAGUUGAACUGACGACAGCGUUUGUCGUAGGCCCGUCGUGUGGCGAGCGUCCCUGUCUAGAACACGUGCAGCGGCUUACACUUGGCACAAGAAAAGGUUCCAAAUGCGCCCUCGAGGACCGAAACGACCUGCCAUCGCUACUUGACUCCACUCUGCUCGGUCUUCCUUCGCUUCGCCUCGUGCGCACUGACAGCUUCAAUAUCCGCCUCCACAUCAUUAGCUGCUUCCCAAGUAUUUCGUUGGAAUGGUGUAGCUGUACCUUCUGCUUAGUAGAGUUUGUGAAAAUCAACUGCGUCGAAGAGAAAUCCCCGGAAUAAGAAUAAGGCUUAGUGCAGGUAAAGCCCCAAGAACGGGGCGAUGAGGCCAUAAAGGCUGAAGGAGCAAUGGACGAAAAAGACGAGGUAAAAAUAGAAAGUCAGAACGGAAAAUAAUUAAGGCAGGAAAUACAGCGCUCGUUCCUAUGCUUUUAAAAUCAGAAUGAAAGCCUGAGACAGACGAAGGACUAGACAAGGUCGAGUCAAUAACUU